AUGCCCAGUGGAACUCAUGAACAACCGGCUCCGGAGAAGGCCGAUCAAGAAAUGACCGAGACAGAGCCAGAAAAGCCUGGAGAUACACAAACGGAGAAAGUCAAUGGUGAGGCGCCCGAGGCGAAAGAGGACAAGAUACCCAACAAGGUGGAAAGUACCGAAAAAGAAAGGGAAAAGGACGCAGAAGCCAAAGGCGCCGAAACUGAACCCGCCGAGUCCCAGAAGGAUGAGACCAAACCCGCUGAACCUGAAGCCCCAGAGUCCAAGAAGGAGGACGUCAAACCCGCCGAGACCAAUGGCAAUGCGGUUGAGCCUGGUUCGCGUGAAGACGACGUCCCAUCCACUAUCCUCGAAAAGGGCGUCAUCUACUUUUUCUUCCGCUCUCGGGUCAACGUGGACCACCCCGAGGACGUCAACGAUGUUGCGCGCUCCUACAUGGUCAUGCGACCAAUUCCCCUUGAUGCGAAACUCGGGGAUGGCCCAAUUGGCGAUGAAGGAAAUUGUCGUCUUCUAGCUCUGCCCAAGAAAGUGCUUCCAAAAAGUGGCAAGGACAAAUUCGUCACCUUCGUCGAGAAGUGCAAAACCAGCUUUGCCAACCUCAAAGAAUCCUUCAUGACUGGCUCAGAAUACGAGACAAAGACUGCUGGCACAAAACAUACACCACCUGUCACUCCACUUGCGGAGGGAGUCUAUGCAAUCACUUCUACAGGACGCGAAUCGCAUCUAGCCUACAUCAUCAACAUCCCUGCUGAGAUUGGUGAGCUGCAGAAGGAUUUCGGCCUCAAACAGCGCGGAAGUUUCGUGACCAGUGUCAAGAACCCUGAGCAACCGCCUCUUGGCAAUCAGAACGUGCCCCCGGGACCUGAGUACCCGCAAGACAUCAUUGAUGAAUUCCGAGGUCUCCGUUGGAAGCCAUUAGAGCCCAAAUUCUUGGAUUAUGACCAUGCGCAGUUUUUGAUGAUCGGAGAGGAUUACGACAAAGCCACUGAGCAGCGGCCCAAGGAUGAGCGCGAAAACAAAGCUGCUCCUGAGGAGGAAAUGGACAAGUUGGAGGGCGAAGAUGAGAUUCGGAUCAAGCACUUGAAAGGUGAUGAUGCUGUCUUUACGGAUCUCGGAAUCUCGUCGCAGGAAUUUCCCAAAGUGUCAACCACCUGGUAG